AUAGAGAGAGACAGGGAGAGUGUGAGAGAAAGAAAGAGACGGAGAGAACGGUUGUUCAGGCAAGAACAGGCUCAGGCGAAAGAGAACGACAGGAACGGAACGGGACGGGACGGAAAGGGACAAGAGAUAGAUAGAUAGAAGAGAGAAAGGUGGCAGAGAAAGAGAAAGAGACGGAAAUAAAGAAGAAACGAAAGGUAGCCCAGUGGUAGAACAGGACACGAGAAGGGAAGGAAAGACAGGCACGCGAAGUAAGCGCGUUAGAUCGAACUGCGUGAUCCAAAAUGGCGCUGAACCAGGACGUGGACCAGUUGUCGAAGAGCAAUCUCGUAGUGAGGAUGGAUCAGAACUCUGAAUCGGAUCUACAGGCAUUAUUCGACAGCGUCCUGAAGCCAGACUCGAAGCGUCCGCUGCAAGUACCACUGCGCAUGCGUAAUCUACCAGAUUCCUUCUUCAAUCCACCGUCAACAGGCAGCAAGAGUCCCUCGAUCUCGCAUUCCCGGGAGAAUUCGGCCGAUUCGGCGUUUGGGACAGCACCAGGGGCCGGUGCAGGUGCUGGCGGAAAUGCCCCCGGGACCGGUACUCAGGGUACCGGGCCGGCCUCUGGUCAACCGACCAGCGGAAACACCGCUGGUAGCGGAACGAACGCCGCAGGUGCGGCUGCGGCUGCAGUCGCUGCCGCGGCCGCGGCUGGCCUCACCGUCGCUCAUCCUCGUGCCCACAGCAGCCCGGCCUCGCUUCAGCAGACGUACGCGUCUGCUCAGCAAGCACCUCAGCACGCGCCCCAGCCACACGCGCGUCACCACCAUCACCAGAAGCAACGCAGCUACGACGUCAUCAGCACGGUCGACGACCUGGGUCCCCUGCCGCAUGGAUGGGAACAGGCGCGCACCCCCGAGGGACAGAUCUACUUUCUCAACCACCUGACGCGGACCACGACAUGGGAGGAUCCGCGAAAAACAGCGGCCGCCGCGAACGUGGCGGCCGUAGCCGCUGCCGUCGACAAUGGAAAAACAACCAGCGCCGCCACCAAUUCCCUGGGCCCGUUGCCGGACGGAUGGGAACAGGCCCGUACCCCCGAAGGAGAGAUCUACUUCAUUAAUCAUCAGACGCGCACCACCUCGUGGUUCGACCCGAGAAUACCUACACAUCUUCAAAGGGCCCCAACAUCAGGCGCCAUGCUGCCGCAGAACUGGCUACAGCAACCCACAGGUGGUGGUAUUCAGAGCAAUCAAACGUUGCAGGCGUGUCAACAGAAGCUUCGUCUCCAAUCGCUACAAAUGGAACGGGAACGUCUCAAGCAACGGCAACAGGAAAUCAUGCGCCAGCAAGAGUUGAUGCUUCGACAGAGCACCACCGAUGCUGCCAUGGAUCCGUUCUUAUCGGGGAUCAACGAGCAACACGCGCGCCAAGAAAGCGCGGACAGUGGACUGGGUCUUGGUUCUGCUUACUCCCUUCCUCACACGCCGGAAGACUUCCUCGCGAACAUUGACGACAACAUGGAUGGUACAAGCGAUGGAGGCGCACCCAUGGAGACACCAGACCUUUCUACUCUGAGCGAUAACAUCGACUCGACCGAUGAUCUCGUCCCAUCGUUACAGUUGAGCGAAGACUUCAGUAGCGAUAUUCUGGACGACGUGCAAUCGCUCAUAAAUCCCAAUACGACGAAACCUGAAAACGUGCUGACGUGGCUGUAGUGUGCGGUGAUGAGAAUUGUCUAUGACAGGCAAGCAACUUAUGAAAUCGACUCGAAACAAAAAAUUGCAAUUUCAAUACGUCUAAACUGAAUGGAAGGAUUCUAGAGGAUCACACCAGUAAAGUAACGACUAUUCC